AUGAAUUUUAAUAAUAUAAAUGAGACUGGUCAAUAGUAGUGUAGAUUAAAGAGAAAUCAAGUGUCAAAUUUUGAGAAUCCAGAAAUGUCUACUAUAAAAAACAUUCAUUUAUAAACAUAUCCAGAUGUUAAUCAAGAAAUUGAACCAUUUCAAAGUUCCAAAAAUCUUUCAGAGUUGUCUUAAAGCUCAUUUGAUAGACCAGAAAAGGAUGGACAUAAAUUUUAUCCAAAUUUUCUUGGAUAAGAUCAUUCUAAGAUUUCAAAAUUUUUUUUUUUUUAAUACACAUCCUAUGCAUUGCAAUUAAAAAGAUAAGUCUUAGAUAAAAACUUAAAAAUUACUGAUAAACAUCUUCCUGCUUUAUCGCCAGAUGAUGAUAUAAAACAAUUUGUAUUAAAAUCUUAAAAUCAAAUCUAAGAAAGCUAGGAAAUAUCAUCUAAAAUAUUAACUUAAUUAAUAUUCUUAGGUGAGCUGAAAUGGAUAACGAUUAAGUGUAUUUUAGCAUAUUUCAUUGAAACAAUAUCAAAAAACGGGAUUUCUUUUAUUAUGAGUUUUGUCAUAAAUAGUGUAUAUUAAAAUGACUCAUAAAACUCUCAUAUGUAUGGAAUAAUCCUCAUUAUAUUAAAUUUCAUAUGUUUAUUAAGUAGACAUCAUGCUGCUAAUUAUUCAAUGAUUUUUUCUACAAAAGCUCGUCUUAGUUUAAUAAAUUUUGUUUAUAUCAAAUUAAUUGGAUUAAAUUCAUAUUCAUUUAAGUAAGCUAACAUAGGAAAAAUAUUAAAUUUAAUAUCUGGAGAUAUUAACACAUUAGAAUAAAUGUUUAGUAUGAUAUUUCCAAGUAGUGUUGUUAUUAUUUCUUUAUUUUUUGCUUGUUUUAUUUUAUGGAAUAGAUUUAAUGGUAUAAUUGGAUUAUGGGCUGUAUUAAUAAUAUUUAUUGCUUAUCCAAUUUAAAUUUUAAUACAAUCAUUUAAUUAAGAAACAUUAAAAUAAAUUAAAGUUAAUUAAGAUAAAAGAUUAAAAAUUACAAAUGAAUUAGUAGAAGGGAUAAGAUUAAUUAAAAUGUAGGCAUGGGAAAAAGCAUUUUAAAAGAUAGUUAUGACAAUAAGGUAACGUGAAUUUUUAUGUAUAUUAAAAUUAUUUUUAAGAACUGCAGUUGAUAGAUUAUUUACAUAGACUUCAUAAAUAUGGGCUAGUAUUUUAUAUUUUCUUGUAUUAUACUAUGGUGACUUUAAAACUGAAAUAAAAGUUGCUGAAAUGAUAUCUACUAUUUAACUUUUAAAUUCAUUAAAAAUAUCAUGUGUAUAUAUGGUUUCAAAUGGAAUAUAGGCUUUUAUUUAAAUAAAAGUUAUAUUUGAAAGAAUAGUAAAUGUAUUAAAUCUAAAGAAUUUUGUUAUGGUUAAAUUUGAUGAUAAUUAAUUAGAAAAAAAUGUGAUUUAAAAAGAUGAUGUUAGAAUAUAAUUAAAUGAUUUUUGUGCAUAUUGGUCUCAUGAAGUAUGUGAAAAAGAUAAACCAAUUUUAAGAAAUUUAACAAUAGAUUUUAGAUAAGGAGAAUUAUGGGCUAUUAUUGGAAGAGUAGGAUGUGGAAAAUCAACACUUUUACAUUCAUUAUUAUGUGAAAUUCCAACAUAUAAAGGUAUGAUGUUAAUUGAUGGUUAAUAACCAUUAUAAAAUACAUUAAAAAUUGCAUAUGUUGAAUAAGAACCAUAUUUAUUUCCUGAUACUAUAAGAAAUAAUAUUUUAUUUGGAAAACAAUAUAACAAAGAGUUAUAUUAAAAAGUUACUUAAGUAUGUUCAUUAGAUGCAGAUUUUGAAUUAAUGAAAUUUAGAGAUUAUACUGAAAUUGGUGAAAGAGGUGUUACAUUAUCAGGAGGAUAAAAAGCUAGAAUAUCUUUAGCUAGAGCAUUAUAUCAAACAGCUGAUUUAUAUUUAUUUGAUGAUCCAUUGUCAGCUGUUGAUGCAAGUAUUGCUGAUAAUAUUUUUACUAAUGCAAUUAAAUAAUUUAUUUUUGAAUAUUAAGUUACUAUUCAUCCUAAUAAAUAAAAACCAAUUGUUAUUUUAGCAACACAUUAAAUUUAAUAUGCUAUCAAAUGUGAUAAAAUUAUUAUUUUAAGUCAUGGGGAAUUAAUAUCAUAAGGAUCAUAUGAUCAAAUUAAAAAUCAUUUAGAAAUGAUUAAUAAUGAUUUAGCAUUGUAAUUAGAGAAAACAGUAAAUGAAACUACAACAAAUAAUUAAAAAUAAAUCAAACCAUUGAUCAAAAAAAGAAGAAAAAGAAUUUUAUUAUCAGAAAUAAAAAAUCUAAUUGUUUUAGAAACUGAUAAUUAAUAAAUAAUUGAUUUUUCUGUUUAUUUGAGAUACUUCUAAAAUUGGAAUUGUUUAGCUUUUUUUUUAGUAAUAUCACUUGAAGUUACACAUGAAGUUUUAUUAAUGGUUUACUAAAGAAUUAUUUCUUUAUUUGAAUAUUAUUAAGAAUCUAAUUAGACUGAUUCAACUUUCAUUAUCUUAUCCUGUUUAGUGAUUGGAUUAAUGAUAUGCUGUUUAAUUAAGUAUCUUCUUAAUAUAAUUUAGGUAUAAAAAACAACCUAAAAUAUUCAUAAAAAGAUGCUUAAUUCUAUUAGUGAAGCUCCAAUAUAAUAUUUUGAUAUUAAUCCUUCUGGAAGAAUUAUAAAUAGAUUUUCAAAUGAUUUAUCUUUAUGUGAUAAUUCUACAAAUUAAGUUUGUUUAGAUAUUUUGGAAUUAAUUGGAAACUUUUUUAUUGCUUUAAUAACUCUAGCAAUCUUAUAACCCUAUUUUAUUUUUAUGAUCUGUUUUAUUAUAGUAUUAAAUGUUUAUCAAUAUAGUUUUUAUAAUAAAAUAGUAACUUAAUUAAAAGAAAAUGAAUUAACUUAGAGAAGUCCAUUAUUUGAUUUUAUAAAAAAAACAUUUGGUGGAGCUAUAUAAAUUAAAGUAUAUAAAUAAUAAGAAUAAUUUAAGAAAUAAUUUUUAGAUUUAUCAAAUAAUUGUAAUUUAAAUUCUUUAACAUAUUUUUAUUAAACAAGAUCUUUCUGCUUUAAUAUAGAUUUAAUUGGAUUUAUUGCAUCAUCUAUAGGUUUAUUCAUAUUUUUAAAUUUGAAUUCAAAUGAUGUUGCAAUAUUUUCUUAAGGAUUAUUAUUGUUAAUUACAUAUAAUGAUGGAUUAUCUUUAGGAUUAAAAUAAUUGAUUAAUUUUGCAACAUUAAUUAGUUCAUAUAAUAGAAUGUUUUAAAUCAUAGAUGUAGAAUCAGAAGCACCUUAAGUGAAAGAAGAAGAUUAAAAAUUACCUAAUUUUCCAGAAUCAGGAGAUAUUUCAUUUCAUAAUGUUUACAUGAGAUAUAGAUCUAAUUCAGAUUUGAUAUUAAAUGGUUUAUCAUUUGAAAUAAAAAGUGGAUAAAAAAUUGGAUGUGUAGGUAGAACUGGAGCUGGAAAAUCAUCAAUUUUAUAAGCGAUUUUUAGAAUGAGUGAAAUAGAAGAUUAUGAAGAUUCUAAAAUUGAGAUUGCUGGAAUUAAUACUAAAUUAUUAGGAUUAAAUAAAUUAAGAAAUAGUAUUGGUAUUAUACCUUAAUGUCCAUUUUUAUUUACUGGAAGUAUUAGAUCUAAUUUAGAUCCAUUCGAUUAAUAUGAUGAUUAAGCUAUUUGGAAAGCUUUAGAAAUUGCAGGUUUAAUUGAAUAUACGAAAUCAUUUUCUAAAGGUUUAUUAACAGAUAUCAGUGAUGUUAAUUCAUUGUUCUCUGUUGGAUAAAAAUAGUUAAUUUGUUUAGCUAGAAUUUUAUUAUAAAAUAAGAAGAUUAUUGUUUUAGAUGAAGCUACUGCUAAUCUUGAUAUGAAAACAGAUGAUUUUAUUCAAAAUUCACUUAAAUAAUAUCUUAAAGAUUGUACACUUAUUACUAUUGCUCAUAGAUUGAAUACGAUUGCUGAUUAUGAUAGAGUUAUGGUGAUUGAAAAGGGAAAUGUUUUAGAAUUCGAUUCCCCAUUCAAUCUUUUAGCAUAAUCUAUUAAUUCUACAAGUAUUGAUAAACAAACUCAAUUUUCUAAGCUUGUUUUAAACACUGGUGAUUCUAAUUCUUAAACUAUAUUUAAUAUUGCCAAAAAUAAACUGAGACAAAUUUAACAAUGA